GAAGUGACCCCCUAAACAUUCAAUGCGUUAUGUGUUUUUCCUUCAAUGUUAGUUUGCUCAACCACGCAAAGAGCAGUGGACUCCACAAAUGUAACAGUCACCUGGUCUCCACUACCUUGUGCGGAUCAUUACGAUGUGAAAUAUGCACUUAGCCAUAAAGAUGGUUGCGAACAGAUCAACUCACUGAUGUACAUCUAUGACCAUCACUGCACAUGUCAGGAAAGUCAAACUACUAUAAAUGGUUUGAUGCCAAACUCUCAGUACGUUGUACGAAUCAAAGCCUAUGUCAACGGCGCUUAUGGACCACCGGCAACGACACAGAUCACUACCACCUCCGUAGCACCGACUGGGCCACCCACAAUGGUGACGACUGAAUCUACUGGCCAACGCAACCUCACUUUCACCUGGAGUCCUCCAUCGUGUGGAGGCCAAGGCGGUACCAUCACGGAAUACGUUUAUGAGCUGAGUAACCCAAAUACUGGAUGGAACACUUCUGCACGUAUAUCUGUUGAGGAAGUUACAAUAAAUGAACUUCUCCCAUUCACAAAUUAUACUUUCCGAGUAACCGCAAAGAACAGCGUCGGGAAUGGCCCGUUCAGUGAAGCAGUAACUUCGAGGACUUUGGAAGCAGUGCCCACAGUUCCCUUGAACGUUCAUAUCCAGUCAAUGGACAAUGUGUCUGUGAUCCUACGGUGGUCUGUACCAGACCCACCACAGGGAAUCAUUACGCAUUAUAAUGUUCGCUACCGGAGGAACAGAGAAGUGAAGCCAAUGGAGAUUAACGCCAAUGUGACGCAGUUGAUGCUUCGUGUAACAAACCUGGAUGCAUCAACAACGUAUUUUUUUCAGGUUCAAGCCGUCACGUCGGCAGGUCAAGGCCCUUGGAGUGAAGCUAUCAAUGCAACCACAAAAAUAGGAGUUCCUGGUCCUGUUUGGAAUCUGAACUUCACAGAAAGGACAAACACUUCAGUCACCCUAGUCUGGGACCCACCACUAAAACCUGGAGGGCUUAUCACUGGUUACAUUGUUCAGCAGAGAAUCCUGGAGAAACCCUAUCAACCGGAACUCUCUUUACCUAAUACAUACGAAGAAGUCGUUGAUAAAGCGACUCUCUCGAGAACCAACCUGGAACCUGGUACCAAAUAUGCAUUUAGGGUUUGGGCGAUGAAUGAAAUGUUCACAGGAGCGCCCAGCAACGUCUUGGCCCUGUAUACGAAGCCAUCGGCCCCUCCUGCUCCGAGUCAACCAACAACAUAUCAAGAGGAAAGCACUGAUUCUACUGUGACAAUAAGUUUUGCACCGCUUGUCUCUAACAACAUAUACGUCAGCUCUUACGUAAUACAUGUCAAGAAAUCAGCUUCGUCCUCCAGGCCCAAGAGAGAAGCUUUCACUCCUAUUCGUUAUGAGGACUCUAUCGAUGACUACACUGCAGCAGAGAUAUCAAAGCAGAACUUAACCGACAAAUUUGUAGUGGGAGACAAUCAAACGUAUGGAUCGUACAGGAACGCACCGCUACAAAGAGGCGCGGAGUACCAAGUCCGUGUCGGUUCCGUCAGCAAAGGGAGUGAAGACGUAGGUCUGCCAAAUGCUCUACGGUGGCUGAUCUCCACCAAGAACAUUUUUUUCUCAAUACAGUGUUAUAAUGUAUCCCUAAAUUACGGCGUUAUAACGCUGUCAUUACGCCAUAUAGUGCGUUAUAACGCCGUAUAACGAAGUAGC